ACAACGGCGCGAGGACAUGGGCAUGAUGCAGCGCCUCAGCCAGAUGCGCCUCGCCUACCAGGAGAUAACCGACCUCAACACCUCCCUGGACAGCGAGGUGAGUGCAAUGUGCACCUUACUGCGUCCACUCAAGGACCACAAUACAACGGCGCGAGGACAUGGGCAUGAUGCAGCGCCUCAGCCAGAUGCGCCUCGCCUACCAGGAGAUAACCGACCUCAACACCUCUCUGGACAGCGAGGUGAGUGCAAUGUGCACCUUACUGCGUCCACUCAAGGACCACAAUACAACGGCGCGAGAACAUGGGCAUGAUGCAGCGCCUCAGUCAGAUGCGCCUCGCCUACCAGGAGAUAACCGACCUCAACACCUCCCUGGACAGCGAGGUGAGUGCAAUGUGCACCUUACUGCGUCCACUCAAGGACCACAAUACAACGGCGCGAGGACAUGGGCAUGAUGCAGCGCCUCAGCCAGAUGCGCCUCGCCUACCAGGAGAUAACCGACCUCAACACCUCCCUGGACAGCGAGGUGAGUGCAAUGUGCACCUUACUGCGUCCACUCAAGGACCACAAUACAACGGCGCGAGGACAUGGGCAUGAUGCAGCGCCUCAGCCAGAUGCGCCUCGCCUACCAGGAGAUAACCGACCUCAACACCUCUCUGGACAGCGAGGUGAGUGCAAUGUGCACCUUACUGCGUCCACUCAAGGACCACAAUACAACGGCGCGAGAACAUGGGCAUGAUGCAGCGCCUCAGUCAGAUGCGCCUCGCCUACCAGGAGAUAACCGACCUCAACACCUCCCUGGACAGCGAGGUGAGUGCAAUGUGCACCUUACUGCGUCCACUCAAGGACCACAAUACAACGGCGCGAGGACAUGGGCAUGAUGCAGCGCCUCAGCCAGAUGCGCCUCGCCUACCAGGAGAUAACCGACCUCAACACCUCCCUGGACAGCGAGGUGAGUGCAAUGUGCACCUUACUGCGUCCACUCAAGGACCACAAUACAACGGCGCGAGGACAUGGGCAUGAUGCAGCGCCUCAGCCAGAUGCGCCUCGCCUACCAGGAGAUAACCGACCUCAACACCUCCCUGGACAGCGAGGUGAGUGCAAUGUGCACCUUACUGCGUCCACUCAAGGACCACAAUACAACGGCGCGAGGACAUGGGCAUGAUGCAGCGCCUCAGCCAGAUGCGCCUCGCCUACCAGGAGAUAACCGACCUCAACACCUCCCUGGACAGCGAGGUGAGUGCAAUGUGCACCUUACUGCGUCCACUCAAGGACCACAAUACAACGGCGCGAGGACAUGGGCAUGAUGCAGCGCCUCAGCCAGAUGCGCCUCGCCUACCAGGAGAUAACCGACCUCAACACCUCUCUGGACAGCGAGAUGCACUGCCUGCAACGCGAGCUAAGCAACAUGCGAGCGACUCUAGAGAAGCUUCACAUGGAGAACCGGCACAUCAUGGACGACCAGCACCGCAAGGACAUGGCGCUACAGCUCGUCAACAAUAAGAUAAGAGAGCUCAAAGAAAAACUGACAGACUCCUUGGAUAAAUCCAAGUCGUCUGAAAAAAGGGCUAAAGAGCUCGAAGAGAUGCUGAACGAAGAGGAGCGCUACGCCAGCCAACUGACGGUGAAUCAGCAGCGAGCGAUGCAUUGCUCCUUCGUAGAGCAGCAGAAACUGCUGGCGCUCAAGAACGAAGAAAAACUGUUUCACAUGCAACUGAAGGCCUCUAAAGCAAUAAUGAGUAAACUGGACACGAAGCAGCGCGGCGUUGAGAGAAACCUACAGAGCCAGAAGGAAACACUAUAUUCAGUCUGUUAUCAAGUUGAAACAAUCGGAGCCCGCGCAUCUCACAUGGAAGGCGCUCAGGCCGAGCGUGAAUGCUCUGCAGAACUUGUGGAAAGAGAAAACAGAUUGAAAGACGUGUGCGCUCGGCACGCGGCGCGCGUGGCCUUACUAGAGCGGCAUUCUGCUAAACUGCAUGAUGAUAUGCGGCGCCUCGCGAGGGAGCUUGAGACCAAGAGUGUGGAGCAUACUAAGCUGCAAAGUCGUCUGAAAUCUUCGAUGCUGAACGUAGAAGGUGGCGACAAGGACCUACGCGCGUCACGUGAUGUCUGGCGGCGCCUGCGCGUUGAUGAGGCCCUACUGAGGUUACGAGUGGCGCACGCGGCGCGGGCUUUGGCUGGCCUUGAUGAUACCGCCUUCACGCUUGAUAAGCAGCGCCUGCAGCUUGAUGCGGCCAUGAACGAGCGACUGGUGGAGAUCUCAGCCCGUCGCGACAUGUUCCUGGUGCAGAAGCGCGCGUUAUUUGAAGACUGCGGCAAGCUGCGCAGCGAAAUACGCGAGCGUGAGCAGCGCAUCGAGCAGCUCAAGAAACGAUACGACAUAUUCAUUGGAUCUCUUGGCAAGGACGAAUCAGGGCAGCAGCUGUCUGUCACUUUCUUCAAGAUUAAAUUUGCGGCAGAAAGAGCCGAGCUCCGCACUAAGGGAGCGGCUUUGGACGCGGACAUUGGGCGUCGCGAGCGCGACGUGUCGGCGCUAGAAGCCACGCUGCGCGUCGUGCACGCCGCGCAUCAACACUUCAUGCAUCACAUCUCGCCGCUCGCAGAUGAUACUCCCGAGAUCGACGAGUUGAAUUCACUCACGAAACAGUACUACGAGAUGCGCGACGAGCUCAAGGCGCAGAACGCUUGCAUCGAUUCCCUGGAGCAAGGCAUCGGCGAUACCAGCAGCCGUCUCACUAUGCUGUCUGACAAGAACAAGCAGCUAGCGGCUAGGCAGGCAGAGAGCGAAAUGGAACUAGAGACGGUGCGCGAGCGCGUGUCGCGGCAGGAGGCGCGGCUGCAGCACGCGCGCGACGUCGUGCGCCACAACGCGCGCCGCGCGCACAAGCUCGUCGAGGGCGUGGACGCCUGGCGCGUGUUCCAGGUCAUUGUGAACCACUAUCAGGGCAGGAGCGAGUGGAGCUAGAGACGUGCGCGAGCGCGUGUCGCGGCAGGAGGCGCGGCUGCAGCACGCGCGCGACGUCGUGCGCCACAACGCGCGCCGCGCGCACAAGCUCGUCGAGGGCGUGGACGCCUGGCGCGUGUUCCAGG